UAACACGCUACAAAGCAUGACAUCUCUAAACCAACCUUAUUUUUCAUAAUAUUCCGUCGUCUUGCUAGCCACGAGGGUCUGAGGUUUGUUGAGCGCAACGAGCUGUCAAUCAAGCGCUCUGUGUACAGAGGCUGCUCCACGAGGCUCCUCCCCUUCAAGCUAAACUCACUCAUCAGAUAAAACACAGAGAGACGAAGAAACUGGACAUCCAACUACGCGCUCGUCCGGUACCGCCGGAGCAUCCGUGAUCCCGCAACACGUCCUCAAAAUAAUCCUUAUCAAAACAGCGCAAAAAAUAGCGGUUAGCAGGGUUCGAGAGGAAUAUCUCAGUCUCUCAAGCGAACAAUGAACGCGGGCUGAACUCUCAGGAAUUUCUUCUGAAGCCUCCACCCUGCUGUGAAUGAAGGUAGAAGGAUGUCUUUGUGAUGCAGAGCUAUGGGUCAUUUGUUAGAGACAACUGCUGAGAAGGCCUCCUGCUGACCCUUCUGUCGGGUCUGGAGUGCAGUGCCGUGUGGACUAGAGGACUGCUGGGAAAUGUCCAGUCUGAAACAGUGGCGGCGAGUAGCCCUCGGGCUAAUGCUGGGCUGGGUACUGCUGUUUCUGGCUCUUUUCUCCUACUUUAUGGAUUCAAGAGUGGAUGAACCGAAUUCCCCCGCAGCACUUGCCUACACUGACACUCGGCGCUUGACCUCACUGCAAGGUAACCCCCGCACCCAUUUGGGGCUGGCCCCCUCUGCCUCCAGUAAUACCCAGCGGAAGCAAAGUCAGGAGCAAAACUCCAACGUCAACCCCCAGCCUAGUCCAGUCAGUCAGGAGGCCUACCCCUAUCCAGACCAUCAAAGCUUGGCGGCCUGGUCUGCAGUUGGCACCCAGGAUGUGCGCUGGAGAUCAGCUGCUGUGGGUCGCAGUCGUGAGAGGCAGGAGUACAACCAGGAUUCACCUCAGCAGGAUGAAGAUGAGGAGGAAGAAGUGGUAGGAGGAGAAGAGGAAGAAGAUGUUGGAAGGAGGAGGACGAGGAUGCGGGUGUCUACAUCUAGGCACGAAAACUCGGAUGCGGAUGAUUACUAUGUACCAAGAAGAAAAUCCAUAGUUAAAAGCUCGUGGAAAGGGAGUUUAUCAUUGGACAUGCUCAGUCCACGUCUGCAGGUUGCUAUGAAAGAAUAUCUUACUAAUAAUAAACUCGGUGUGACCUUUAAAGGGAAACGAAGGAAGAGACAGAGUGGCCAAGUGUUGUGUGAUCUUAAGAAGAUGGGAGAGGUUAAAACUUUGGAUGGAAAUGAGACACCCUUCUCCACCUUGGGCUGGAAGAAGAUUGUACCUGCUUCAACCUUGAAACAGCUUUUCGGGAAGGGCUUCCGGACCUGCGCUGUGGUCACCUCUGCUGGUGCCAUGCUCCACUCCAAACUUGGCAAGGAGAUUGACUCCCAUGAUGCAGUUCUGCGGUUUAACACAGCUCCCACCGAGGGUUAUGAGAGAGAUGUUGGGAAUAAAACCACAAUUCGCAUCAUUAACUCUCAGAUCGUUGCUAAUCCCAUUCACAAGUUCAACAAAAGCUCAUUGUAUAAGAAUGUAACACUGUUGGCGUGGGACCCUGCACCAUAUACCAUUGACUUGAAGAAAUGGUACUCAAAUCCAGAUUACAACCUGUUCAAACCAUAUAAGGAGCACAGGACCAAAUUCCCUGCUCAGCCUUUCUACAUCCUGCACCCUCAAUACAUCUGGCAGUUAUGGGAUGUGAUCCAGGCAAACAAUCUGGAGAACAUUCAGCCCAAUCCUCCCUCCUCAGGAUUCACAGGUAUCCUAGUGAUGAUGUCCUUAUGCGAAGAGGUCCACGUGUACGAGUACAUUCCUUCUCUACGACAGACCGACCUGUGCCACUAUCACGAGCGAUACUACGACGCCGCCUGCACCCUGGGCGCGUACCAUCCCCUUCUGUACGAGAAGAUGCUCAUUCAGCACGUAAACACGGGCUCGGUGGAAGACCUUAAAAGGAAAGGCAAGAUCACUGUCCCCGGAUUCAAGAACAUCAACUGUGAUCCCUGAACUCGGAUGCAAUAACUGCCUUUGUGAAGCCGUGGACAUCCGCAGACUCGCGCAGGACCGCGUGAGUUCGGACUUGCCAGCGGUCCAGAUCGGAGCAUGUUUGUACAGACUAGACUUUAAAUUGCAUUUCCUGAGCCUAAUAAAGAUGGUUAGAAUAGCAAUAGAGGUGAACGCUUUUUAUAGAUCUGUGGAUGUGAUCUUUGUGGUGUUAAAAGCCAUCAGAAAACAGUGUUUUGAAAGAUUUUUUUAAUUUUUAAUGGUAAGUAUUAGCAGUCAUACACUGAAAUCUACACUGUCGGAACAAAUACAAGAACACGAUGACGUGGGCACCUACUUUUUUAAGCCUUUUGCGAGGUUUGCCAUAGUCUGUGUAUUUUGAACUUGAUUUCAUUUUCUGCUGUAAUAUAAAUCGUCACAUUCACGGGCCUUUUAAAAUCAUUUUUGCGCUUCCAAAACUUUUCGCGGAACUGUGGUAGAGAAACUUCAUACUGCUCACCUUGUAUAGUCCUCUUAUUGAAAAAAGUAGGCAGAAAAUAAUCUUUCAAUAGAGGAAAAAGUUUGUUUCGAACCUGUGGUUUACAAAAAAUAGGUGAGUUUUUUGUUAUAUAAUGUCGAAUAAGGAAUUUAUUGCUUGUGAUAUGGAUUCAUUACAGCACUGUAAAUGGUAUCUGGGACUUUAAAGCUGCUUCCUGGCAAUAUAACAACAAGUACAGCGUUGGUACUUGUUAAAUAUAAACCGAAGUAGCCUGGACUAUUUAACGUCCUGACACUAAAAUAAUGCUGUCUUAUUUCCUAACUACUUUAAAGCGAAUGAUUGGCAAUGCAUCUUUGCAUUGUCUCCUCUUAUAAAUGUACAGCUGUUUAUUUCGAUCGAUUCUCUGUCCUGUGGUUUCGUUUUUACAGAGGUCGGUUGAAACUUGAAGGUGUGUUUACUCGUCCGCAUCGUUUCAAUGUGUGUGCCAUUUUGAAUUUGGACUAAAAAGUCGAUUGUCAUUUCUCAGUAGAUCUAGCGAGCAGAGCAGAAGUAACUGCUUUUAACUGCUCGUGUAUGUUUAUUAAUUGGUUAUUUCACUCAGGAGCUUAUGAUACUCUUUACUAGGGUGAAAUAUCUUCCUUGUAGACUUAUGGUGAGGUAUAAAGCUAAUAUUUGAUCUUUUCCCCAUGUUGGGGGAUUUCUGCAUUUUGGACCACGAUUAUAUACUGUACAUUAUUUAUUUUUACAGUCGAAUACUGAACGUGUAUGUUAUACGAUAAUGGGCUCAAAUCAAAACAUCAUACUGAACCUACUAUGUGUGUGUUUUCUUAAUACGACUCGUUGGUUGUUUGGCCUGAGCUGACUGCAUUUAUAAUUGCAUUUUGGUAAGUCUGUAACGUUCUCAUAAAUUUGGCCCUUAUGCCACUUUUUAUUGGGCGCUGGAGAACAGACAGGAAAUUAUUUGGAGAAGAGCGAGCAAUGUUGCAAACCCGCGUUGCCUAUGUGAGCUUGUGUGGUAAUCACCAGGCCACGUUUUUCAACGCGUCUCUUGCUUUCUGAUGCGUGUACGGGUUAAAACUUUGCUUUCUCUGUCCUCUCUCUGUUUUUCAGGGUCACGCGAGUCGUUCUUUUGUGAAUGUCUUUUAGUAAGCCUUUAACGAAAGGUAUUUUAGGAGGAUAAACCCGGCCUAAUCUCUUACAGAGAGAGGAUACUUUUAAGAGUAUUAAGUGUUUACUGUAAAUUUGUUUAUUAUUAUUAUUAUUAUUAUUAUUAUUAUAUAUGUCAUUGGGUAAAAUGACCACUUGAGUGAAUAAGGGGUGAGGGCCGCAAGAAAUGUACAUUAUAGUGCAGAGAGCAUGUGACGUAAGCAAGGCUUGUUAGUAUUCACGGUUAAUGUUACCAUUACAGUAUGAAAAUUGUUAAUAUUAAGCUUGAUAUGGAGCUUGGUCUCUAGGUUUAAAUCUGUUUAAGAGGAAUAAAUGAAUUGCAAUUGUUUUUACUGGUGAACUUCACUAUAAGUGUCAUGGAUGUGCACAGUUGAUUCAUAAUGGCUUAGGGGUGUGACGAGACACUUAAUCCACGAGACGAGACGAAACACGAGAUUGGGUUCACGAGAACGAGACAAGACAAUAUUUUUACACUUUUUAAGAAACCCUCAAUGAUAAAAUAAAUGAAUAAGAAACUGAAAUCACAUUCUUUUUAAAUGUUUUAACUAAUCAAGGAUUGGCCCUAACAAUUAUUUUGCUAACUGAUAAUGAAGUAAUUUGUUAUUUUGGGGUAAUAAAAAUAGACCCAAGUGAGCAGUAGCAUAUUGCAAAUUACAUAAUAACGAAGAUGCAAUAAUAAUUGGUUCAAAUAAAGUAUUAAAACCAAGUUACAUUAAACAACAUUAACAAACACAUUACAUUUGUGGCCUAUAAAUAAAAAGCAUUAUGUAUGUAUAAUAACAAAUGCCUGCAGGGGGCGAUAGUGGACUCGUCUCGCAGACGCUGUCUUUCACUUUCGACGGAGAGAAACGCUUAUUUUUAGUCAAACAAUGUUUAAAUCCAUAUUAAUAUUUAAUAUAUGUCCAUUUCUUUACACUAGAAAUGAUACAGCUACUGUUAUUUUUGAGCAAGAACAUGCAGACAUUAAAUCAUGUAAACUGUGAGGGUUUAAUCUGCUGAGACUUCACAUCUGACACUGAUCAACAGACAAACACAACACGUCUCAGACUUCACACGAGUUCCCAAACGAACAUUAUUGGAAACCCAAACAAAAAAGCAAACGCAGUAAAAGACAAAUAUAAUGCAUGCACUGUAAAAGGGUCAAACAGAAAGCUGCAUCCUCCGGAGGUCGCAUAUGCAGGCUGCAUACGUCAUCAAGGUUUAUUUCAGAUCAUUAACUGAGCAUUACAUUCGCAAGUCGUGAGCAUAUUACAACAAUUUGCGAUUAACUAAAUAAUUAGUAAACUUUAUAAAUGUUAAUAGUCUCUAAUAAAAAAGCAGUUUUAUAAUGCGACAACUGAAGGAUGCAGUCUUUUACUUAAAGAAACGGCCAGCACCUCCACAAGAAAUCUCGCGAAACACAUUUAAUCUCGCGAGAUCUCGUCACACCCCUAUAAUGGCUGUAUGUAGUGUGACAGAGUUCUCAACGGGCCUGAAAAUUACAACCCGACCCGGCCCGUGGCUUUAAAGCCCGGACUUGAUGUAACCCAACACAUCAACAUAAAUAAUUUGUCUGAACCCGACCAGCGGCCCGACGCUGCCAACCCCAGACUUUCUUUACGGUGAACAGCAGUGAUGAUUAAUAUUUUUUUCACUGAGCGGAAAAUAGGUCCGACCAGACUCAUUUGCUUAUAUUUUUGACCCGAACCCGCGGGUCCCGUCAGGUUUGUCGGGCCGACCCAACCCGUUGAGAACUCUAGUGUGAAAGUGGGAAUGGUUCUUUAUCUGGGGUGCUUUGCAUCUGUGCCAACUUUACUUUUCUAGCGUAUCUUGAAUUUCGGUAUGCUUAUUUUCCUUACCUUCACUUGAAUUUCGUUAUCUACUUUUCUUUGCAUACCGUACCGUAUACUUUCCUUCUUGUAGCUCUGCACCACACAGCCUUUUUCAACUAUAUCUGUGAAAAGUAUUGAUCUUUGACUGUAAAUAUCUGAACCAGAAAAGCCAUGGGGUGUUUUAUAAUUGUUUCUAUUGGUAUAAUUUCUCAUAGGUUUACAUAUCAUCAAAUUCAUUCUGAAACGAUAAAUGUUUGUGUAUUCUUUUGACUGUUUCUAAAAUAAAACCAUGGCCGUUGUAAGAUUGUGA